AUAAGAUAUAUUAAAAAGAUUUUAAUUAAUAGAAGAAUCUAAAAAAAUAGUUAAUGAAUUAUUAAAUUAAAUACAUGAAUCUAGAUUGAUAGAAUAUUUAUCUGGACUAUCCAGAAAGGAUGAAAAAUAAAAAGGAUUGCAAUUUUCGGAAAAGCAUUAUAAGAUAUAAUAAAAUAAUUAGAAAUAAUAAGGAACGAAGUUUUUAGUAUAAAUUUUAGAGAUGAUAUUAUAUUUCCAAAUACAAAUUUAUAUAUAUCAGACUUAAUAAUUGCUAGUAUUAAAGAUCUUUAUUCAUAAUAUGUAAAUGUAAUAAUAUUAUCAUCAAUAAAACAUUUGGACAUGAUUUGCUCUUUGUAAGAUUUAUAAUAUAGAGAAUAUUUGAAUUUAUAAUUUAAUAUAAAAGAAUGGAAAAAAAGCACUGUGGAUUUGAU